AUGGCAGUGUACCGGUACUCUUUCCUGGCAUCCUACUUGAUAUACAACCUGCAUACAAGGGAGGUACGGGAGCUGAACCCUCCAGAGGUGUCGGACUCGGUCCUGCAGUUUGCUUCUUGGGGCGUUCGGGAUCAACAGUUGGUGUAUGUCUUUGAAAACAACAUUUACUACCAGACGGAUGUCAAAAGCAGUUCUUGGAGACUGACGUCUUCAGGACAAGAAGGAGUGGUCUUCAAUGGCAUCGCUGAUUGGUUAUAUGAAGAGGAAGUGUUGCACUCUCAAGUGGCUCACUGGUGGUCCCCUGACGGGUCACGACUGGCCUACCUGAACCUCAACGACACUCUGGUACCCAACAUGCUCCUGCCUCGCUUCACUGGCGCCCUCUACCCCAGGGGCCAACUGUACCCUUACCCCAAGGUGGGGCAGGUCAAUCCCACAGUUAAGCUUUACGUCAUCACCUUGGAUGGGGGAUCCCAGACAACUGAACUGCGACCUCCCAACAGCUUUGAAAAAAGUGACUACUACAUAACCAUGGUGAAAUGGGUCACAGAGGAGAAGAUCGGUGUGCGUUGGUUGAACCGAGCCCAGAACACCUCCAUCCUGUCGCUAUGUGAGGUCACUAUGGGGGCAUGUAUAAAAAAACAUGUGAUUACAUCAGAGAAGUGGCUUGAUCGUCAGAAUGAAGAGCCAUUGUUUUCCAAGGAUGGGAAUACCUUCUUCCUGACCAUGCCAAUAAAACAUGGCGGACGAGGGUCAUUCCACCAUAUCACAAUGAUAUCUGACCAGUUCAAUGGUGAUGAGGUCAACAUGCGCCACCUGACCUCUGGCAGCUGGGAGGUGUCUCAGAUCCUGGAGUAUGAUGAGGAAGCAGAUACAGUUUAUUUCCUUAGCACAGAAGAUAGUUCAAUACAAAGACAACUGUACAGGGUGUCGGCGGUAAACCCAUUUCAACGUGAAUGCCUGACCUGCUCCCUGUUCAAAACACAAUGCUCCUACUAUGAUGCAGUCUUCAACCCAGACUAUCAGUAUGUCCUGCUGAACUGUAGAGGUCCUGGUAUACCAAGAACCACUCUUUACAAACUGAAUGACAUGAGCAAGAAUGACAUUUUGGAGAAGAACACUGCACUAAGAGAUGCACUGAUAUAUAGGAAUAUACCAAGGAGAGAUAUCAGGACCCUACAAAUCAACAACUUUGCACUCCGUCUGGAGCUGACCUUGCCAAUAGAUUUUGAUGAGGCCACAGCGCAUCCACUUCUGCUGAUCCUUGACAGUGCCCCCGGUGGCCAGGCGGUGAGUGACCAAUUUGUUCUUGACUGGGACUCGGUUCUGGUCAGCUCGGAUAAUGUCAUCGUGGCUCGCCUGGACGGCAGUGGGAGUGGGUUCCUGGGCCAGAGGGUCCUACAUGAAGUCCACCAGCGUUUGGGAACUGUGGAGGUGCAGGACCAGAUCGCAGCAGUAGAACCCCUUUUUUUGUAUUCUUACUUACAGUACAUGGGUUUUUACCUAUAUCCAACAUUGCAUGUCCAACUAUUUUUGGGGGUGUUUCCCCAGGCUUAUGGGGGUUUCCUGAGCUCUCUUCUACUCCUCUCCUCUGGCUCUAUGUUCAGAUGUGGGGUUGCAGUUGCUCCCGUGACAGACUGGAGACUCUACGGUUCUGCCUUCACUGAGCGUUACUUUGGGUUUCCGGUCCAGGAUGAGCUUAAAUACCAACUCUCCAGUCUGCUUCCCAACAUCACAGGCACAGGUCAACGGAGGUUUCUCAUCAUCCAUGGAACAGCAGAUGCCACCGUUCAUUUCCAGCAUUCCGCGGAGCUGGUGAAACUUCUGUCAAUAUCAAAUGUUAACUACACUCUGCAGAUCUUCCCAGACGAAGGCCACAACAUUUACUCUGUGAAGAGCCAACGCUACUUGUUGAAUUCUGUCAUGACCUUCUUCAGGGAAUGCUUCCUAGUGGAAAUCCCUGUAGCUCAUCCUGUGUCUGAGGAUGACUAGGAUGACCAUAUCUCACCUUGUUUUUGUAGAACCUGUUGCUCCUGGAAACGAUAAAGUGGUCUUUGACCUGCUUGUCUGAGGAACCACCAGUGAGAAGUGGUGAGAUAUGGUGAGACAAUGUGAACGAGAGAGGGGUCAGACAAUGUUGCUGUGCACUAUGAAGGGUAAUGAUAGGCUGAGAUGAGAUUGAAGAUUUUUCCUGUACAGUGAUGUAUAAUUUUUCCUAUUGCUAUGAUCAAGCAAUAGUUCACAUAGGAACAUUUAGGGUGUUCUGCAAAUAUCAUAAGUAUACAGUUAGCGUGGUAGAGUUUCAGUAGAGAAGAAGGGAAACUUGUUCAUAUUAGCUGUUUGUAUGGGAGAUAUGUUUUUGUCUUUACUGUUAAAGAUGUGAAAGGGAGAUAUUUAUUUAUUUUUCCUUUUAAAGAAUAUAGUUAUUUCAGACAGCUGUAAUGUAUUGUGAAUUGUAUACCUAGAUACAUAUUCAAUUCUAAUAUGGCAUUUAGCAGGUGCUUUUAUCCAAAGCAAUUUACAGAGCGUGCAUUAGGGAUAAAUACAGGUAACCGGGAUCCUAGGACUGUCACUCCUCACAUUUCCCCCCAAAAUAAAAUGACCUGGGAAAUGAAUUUUUUUUCCCCCAAUAUUGCACAAUUGCAAUUUCGCAAAAUACAUAAUCUGCGCAGAAGCAAAUUGGCAAACAUUUGUGAGCGGACCAAGUCAUUUGGUGUCACUCUAAAGUGGAAAGGUGGAAUAAACGAGUCCAGAGUAGGUUUUCUUGAUUCAACACGGUUCUCUAUUGAGGGAUUUCUGACACUACAAACACUCCAACACAGUCAAUGAGAAUCUCCAAAGGAACAACAUACGUCUUCUUUAGAUGACACAGGAUCACAUUACGGUUAUCUUCAAAUUAUAACAACAAUCACAUAUUCGUCACCGUCUUAAUGAAUCUUCUUGGAUAGCACCUCUCUCUCCGUAGCCAUUCUCCAGAGAUAGUUUAUCUUCCUCCCUUCUUGCUGGUUCCAUCCUCUCUCUUGUAGGGGAAAGAGAAUAUCUCAUUAGUACCGUCAGCUGUGCUUAAUUGACUCUGGUUACCUUGUCUCACAUGCCUUGUUGGGCUACUAUCUAUGAGCCCAGCCUGCCCU